AUAUAAUGAUAGGGUGUAUCACAAUUAGUAAAAUGGGUGGUGAUUUUCUCCAUUUUUAUAUUUUAUAUCUAGAUUAGGUUGUGACUCCAACUCUAGAUUAAAUGUAAAAUUGUAAACAACAAUCGAUGUAAAAUCAAAAUCACUUUCCGAACAAAUUCUCGCCGGAACUCACUCCUUCAACCGCACAAAUCGCAGGACAACUUCAAGAUUUGAUUUUUUGGCGGUUUAUGGGGGUUUUAGCAGACAAUUGUGACUUUGAAGGCAUAAAUUAGGUUAAAGUUUGAAUCUUUUUUGUUUAUUAGUUGGUGGGUGUGCUUUUGUUUGGUGGGUUUUGGUUAAAGUUUGAAGACUAUUGUGUUUGUUUGAGAAUUUGAGAUUGAUGGAAGGGAAUUUAGGUUCGGAUUCGGUUCCGGUUGUUUCGACCCCUUCGGGUCCGAUUGAUAAAUCUAGGGUUAUGAGUGUGAAGCCAUUGAGGUGUCUUGUUCCGGUUUUCCCGCAACACGCAGGUUCGUCUGGUGCACCGCAAGCUCCACCAUUUGCAUUUGGUGCUCCGACCGGCCCGUUUCCACCUGGGACUGCUCAGUUUUUCCCGUUUGUUGGUUCAAGCGAGCCGCAGAGGCCCGCUAGUGUGCCGGACCAAGGAAGGCCUACCCCUACCGUUACCGCUACCCCUACCGUUACUGCUACCGCUACCGCUACCGCUACCCCUACCGCUAGUGCUAUCCCGUCACCAGUCCCUUUGAAUUCGUUUAGAACACCACCCUCAGCCCCGCCCCCUGCCCCAGCGCCAGUGACUACUAGCGGCAGAGGGAGGCCGAGAGGGAGCACGAAAACUCGUGAAGUGUACGAUGAUGGGUAUGCGCAAACUGAUAGUUAUGAGAACGGGUUCACUAUUGAUACGGAUGACAGUAGUGAUGUUGGUAAGCGAAAACGUAAAGCCCGGAAAAUUGUUAAGGGCCCACAAGCCGUAGCGGUUUCUAAUUCUGAAGUUGACAUUGAUCAUUUGGUUAACGAUAUUUUACGAUCUUUUAACCUUGUGGAUAUCAACACAUCUCUUCAAGCUGAUAGUGAUCAUGAUUUGGUUCAACGUGUGGUUAUGGUUUAUAAUUUACUUCGGCGGAAAAUCAUGCAGCUCGAUGACGCAAAAGGUGUUAUUCCUGGUAUAUCACGACGGGCUGAUUUACGGUCGGGUACAAUCUUGAUGAAUAAAGGUGCUCGGGCUAAUACGAGACGACGUGUUGGUGCAGUUCCCGGUGUGAACAUUGGUGAUGUUUUCUUUUUCCGAAUGGAGUUAUGCUUAGCGGGACUUCACGCACCGAUCAUGGCUGGAAUCGAUUAUUUAAGUUUCAAGGUUAGUGGCGAUGAAGAGCCGAUUGCGGUUAGUAUUGUUUCAUCUGGAGGAUACGAAGAUGAUGGAGAUGACGGUGAGGUUUUAAUUUAUAGCGGUCAAGGUGGUGUUCAACGAAACGACAAAUUAGUGAUGGAUCAAAAGCUCGAAAGGGGUAAUCUCGCGUUAGAAAAAAGUUUGCAUAAAGGUAAUGAGGUACGGGUCGUUCGCGGUAUUAAAGAUGGAACGAGUUUAACUGGGAAGAUAUAUGUUUACGAUGGUGUUUACAAACUUCACGAAUCUUGGAUCGAAAAAGGAAAGUCGGGUUGCAAUGUGUUCAAGUAUAAACUGAUUCGGGUUCCGGGUCAACCCGAAGGGUUUAUGUUAUGGAAGUCUAUUCAACAAUGGCGAGACGGUGUUACUAAACGGGUUGGUGUUAUUCUACCUGAUCUUACUUCCGGUGCAGAGAAUACACCGAUUUGUCUUGUGAACGAUGUGGAUAGUGAAAAGGGGCCCGCUUAUUUUACUUACGCUUCGAGUUUGAAAUAUUCAAAACCGUUUCGUCCGGCAAAAUCUUCAAGCUGUAAGUGCUCUAACGGAUGUCAACCCGCCACUAACUGCCCUUGUGUUGAAAGAAACGGUGGGUAUCUUCCGUAUUCGAGUGGUGGUGUUCUUUUAAGUCAUAAUUCGGUAAUUCAUGAGUGCGGGCCGUCCUGUUUAUGCCCUUCUACGUGCAGAAACCGUAUUUCUCAAACGGGCCUUAAACUCCGUUUGGAAGUAUUUCGAACAAAGAACAAAGGUUGGGGACUUCGGUCGUGGGACCCGAUACGGGCUGGAGCUUUUAUAUGUGAGUAUGCAGGUGAAGUGAUUGAAAGUGGUAGCGAUAGUGACGAUGAUUACAUACUGGAUACAACCCGUUCGUUUGACCCGUUGGAGCCCGUUCCGACUGACGAGUACGUUAAGCCUCCAUUUCCGUUAAUCGUCAGUGCGAAGAACAAAGGAAACGUCGGUCGGUUUAUGAACCAUAGUUGUUCGCCUAAUGUUUAUUGGCAGCCGAUUUUGCGUCAAACCGAGGAGGAAGCACAUCUUCAUAUUGGAUUUUACGCAAUCAAACACAUUCCUCCGUUGCAUGAACUAACGUUCGAUUAUGGAACACCACGGUCGGAGAAGAAAAGUGGGCCCCAGAAGAAAAAGUGUUUGUGUGGAUCGACGAAAUGCAAAGGUUACUUUUACUAGUUUAUUCACAUGAAGGUGGUGAAGAUGAUGAUGCAUGUCAUAUGUUGUUCUGUAAAAGGUUAGGAUUCUGUUUUUUUAACCUUUAGUAUGAUGUUAUUUAGAGCAUGUUUUUUUGUGGUUUUGCUAUUUUUGUGUGUUCUAAUUGUAGGUGAUCUGAAUUUGGAACUUAAUAUGUUGCCAGUUAUUCCUAGAGCUGAAUUCUUCUGUAAUUUAGUUACUUUUUACAGUUUGUUUUUUUAUGCUG